AUGGGCACCGAUAUGCCAACGAGCACGGCCGCUUUCGAUACGAAGGAGAGUACCGGAAGCGCCGAUUCCUUUGACUGUUUCAGGAAGAUAUGGGAUCCGGAAUUCUCAAUGCAGAGGUGGCCGCCGGAGGAUAGACCUUUUGUUGAGUUUGCUCGAAGCGUCGACGCGGAAGGCUCGGAUGUGGACAUCUUUCUUCGAGAGGACCAGGGCCCUGUUCCGUCCCACGAGGCCGAGGAUAUUGCGGCCUUCUGCCAUGGCAGGAGCCUUUAUAAGGCACCGCAUGGACAUCGAGGCGCUUGGUUGGACGAUAGGGAAACGGCAAGUGGUGCUUGUAGGGAAUAUCCAUACCGACUGUCCGCUGUGCAGCUCUAUGCACGCUUGAAGCGCCAGCGAUUCGGUCUUGAUGGACUACCUGACGCGGACAGACGUUUGAUAUACAUCUCAGAUCUGGACCCCUAUUACGUUCUCGCCCUCAUCGCCACCGUGGGCUAUCAUCAAGUUGAAUCUUUAAGAAGUGCAGUGUGGAAGCACUUGGCUUUACAAUCUUCCCUUGGAGUAAAGCUUCCGUCCAGAGGUUAUCUCAUUUUCGAACUGGAAUUUCACGUUCCUUAUUUCGCUCUGCGAUCGACAUCUCUGUGGCAUGAUCACCCGCACCGCAACGGAGAAGAGAAGAGAGGACGCCUCAGUAGGACAUGGACGGACAUCUCUUUUUUGAACGUCAGCGAAGAGAAGGGUGAAAGAGCGCCGCGUAAUAGCAUCCAGGAGGCGCAGAUAUCAGUUGUUAUAUGUGGCUCCAGCAGUCAGCAAUGGAUCGCGUACGCCUUUGUUGACAACAUUUGGGAAGCCGAAGACCGACCGGAAGAUGAUGCGUCCCUGUGUGGCGAUCACGGGUUUUGCGAGGACCCACUCAUCAACAACGGUAGCACUGAUGCAAACCGUCCGCUCUGUGACGCGCGAGAAUACUUUCUGGCAAUUGUUGAGAGCCGAGUGAGACAGGUCCUUAAAGAAUGGAGAUACCUAGUCCAGACUAUUGAGAGAACCAUUGCAUCAAAGUUCAACGACCGUUCAUUUCCGAGUACGAAGGAGAAACGCGGCGGGACCGAGGCCGUCAUGAAUUGGAUAAUAUGCACAAUAAAAUUACUGCGUAAAUUGAACGACCGCCUCACCGAGACGAUACUCGUUUGGGACACUUUCAGUGCUGCAGAGGGCGACAUCAGCUACUUCUCGGACCUGUGUUCAACUUACCCCGAUCCCACACGAGGCCACGUUCGACGGUCGCUCAUCGCCACCAAAUCAUCAUUCGAGGAACUGAAGGCCCUGAACCGAAGACUUGGUCUUCGCAUAAACUUCGAUAACAAUUGCUUGGCACUGGAUAGCAACGAGACUGCGGAAAGCACUGACCUCAAUAUGGUCAUAACGUCGAUCGCGCUAGCGCUCGCAUAUUUCGGAAGUACAAGCCAUUCCCUCCGUCUAGAACGGAACCCCAAAAAUGUUAUAGGAGUGAUCAUCGGCAUGAUCAUCUCUGUGAGGCUUCUUGCCUUCCUCAGAACCAGGCUCAAACGACGGGGAUUUAGCAAGCAUACGUUGGAAUAUUACAGGGAUGGAGGCACCAGCAAAGAACAGCAGCAGUUGAGCUCAGUCCCCAACCGGAGGAAGGCAUGA